UCCUUGCUCCCUUGCCAAUCGAAACGGUGCCGAGUUCGUGCAACCUUACUUUUUAUCACGUGCCAACCAAACGGCGCGUUAAAUUUCUUCCCGCGCUUUUCGUUCCCUCUUUUUUCGAUAGACAAAAAGGAUGAGUGAAUCAAACCCUUGAUCAAAAUGGAAGGAGGGCAUGGAACCGAUGCAGAGAGAGAAGAUGAAGAUUCGGAAAGCGAGCUUCUUCGAGACCGAUUCAGACUUUCCACCAUCUCCAUCGCUGAAACUGAAGCCAAGAAAAAUGGAAUGGAUAUAUCUGAACCAAUAAUUGCUUGCAUUGCGGAUUUGGCGUUCAAAUAUGCAGAACAACUGGCGAAGGACCUCGAGCUUUUUGCACAGCAUGCUGGUCGUAAAUCUGUGAAUAUGGAAGAUGUCAUCCUUUCUGCUCAUAGAAAUGAACAUCUAGCUGCGUCAUUGAGGUCCUUCUCCAAUGACUUGAAAGCAAAAGAACCUCCAUCUGAGAAAAAAAGGAAGAAAUUGUCCAAAAAGGAAGACAAAGCUAGUACUAGUGCAUUACAUAUUCCUGAUCUUUAAGUGUAGUAAAAACAUUUCAUUUAGGAAAAAAUUAUGUUAUUUCAUACCUAGAAAUAAUAUUUUUGAGUUUUUUUUUUCA